AUGCACCACCACCACACCACACACCACACUUCAGGAGGAGGAGAGGGAGGAGGAGAGUGUGGGGAAUGUUGCUGCUUCUUCGUCAUCCUCGGCAUCAACAUCGCCAGUAUCCUCCUCUGCAUCAGGAAGAUGUCCCGCUACCUCCGGAUCGCCCUUCUAUGGCUGUAUGUCGCCACUGCCGUCCUCACCGCUGGACUUCUCAUCAGUCUCAGAGUCUUCGGCACCAACAAGUUCCAGGCCGCUCCAACGGACAUGCGCAAAGUAGAGCACGGCGUCAACAACGCGUUUUGUCAGAGCCUCACUCUCAACUCCAGCGAUCCUUUCGAAGCCUACAGUUUUGACGAGGAACCCGUGGUCGAUCCACGUAGAACUGAGGAUUUUAAUACAAGCUAUUUCAUGAGCAUAGAGAGCAAACAGUACGAAUACUGGGGGUUCUAUCUCCUCCCCGGGUCUACACUACAGGUCAACAGCACCACCUCCCAUUCACCAUUCACGACCCUCUUCGUCAUCCAAGGUGACAGCAACCUUCAGACAUGGCUGGACGGCAAAGGAGACUGCAGUGGGUGUUACGUUAGCAAACACGACUUGCUACCACACGACACCUAUACAAUGAUCUCCACGGAGGCAGACAACUAUUUCUUCGUUUACUUUAACAUGGGAAUAUGGUAUACAUUAUCGACAGCAAACUUCGUCAUCAGACGGACUUUGUACGAUGUGACGAAAUCGACAUCAGCUUGUACUUUUGUCCCAGGUCAACGGUCUUGUCUCAUGGAGAUCUCCCUUAACCCUGAACAGAGCAUUGUGUUUCAUAGCGGGCGCAGAGCCUUGCACCAGAGCAUUGACAUGUGGAGCAGCUGUGGGGCACGGGCGUGGAUGUAUGUGAUCGUGUUCGCCCUCAUCCCGACCCUGGUGGCUGGAAGUGUCUCCUUCCUCAUCUGGAAGUUCUGCAAGGAUGACAGGACGGGAGAGAAUCAAGCCUUGGUGUCUGAUCCAGGACUCAAGGAACUGAAGAGUUAACCUAAAUCGUGCGGGUCGCCAAGAACACGUGUAAAACCGUUUUAGGUGGGAAAUCAUUCGUUUCAUUUAUUAGACUGUUUGUGCCGCGACGAAUUUUGGAGCUUAUUUAUUUGUCAGAUCAAACCAAUAAUAAAUUAUCU